GCAAGGAACAUCGUGUUGAUGGGCUCCAUAUUUAUACCAAGAAUCUCUCGCGAUUACUAUAGAUGUCAACGAAACCUUGCCAAAACAUUACGAAAAGAUUACUCUUCAAAUAUAUCUUCUAGUUAUCCUCAUGAGAUCGUUGAUUGGAUGAGAAAUGAUGCUCCAGUUUUUGAAGUUCAAAGUGAUGCAAUUUCUGUCCUCAGUGAACCCACAGAAUUCUACACGGCUCUAAUAGAUAAUAUCUCGUCUGCUCACAAGAGAGUUGUAAUUGCAUCUCUAUAUUUGGGAACUGGUCAUUUGGAGAAAAAACUGGUUGAGAGUAUACAGAAUGCAAUUAGAAAUGCAUGCAAGAGAGGCACCAAASUUGACGUGGAUAUCUUGUUGGAGUGUACCCGUGGAUCGCGAGGAAAAAUCAACUCAAGAACAAUGCUUYUGCCUCUACUUCAGGAGUUUAGUGACUGUGUGAAUGUGUCAUURUACCAUACUCCUGAAKUAAGAGGAAUAAAAAAGAUGGUUUUGCCUGAAAGAUUCAAUGAAACUGUAGCAUUGACUCACCUUAAAGUAUACCUCACUGACGAUACAGUUAUUAUGAGUGGCGCAAAUCUUAGCCAUGACUAUUUCACCAAUCGCCAAGACCGUUACAUUGUCAUAAAGAAUAGUCCAGAAGUGGCAGAUUUCUUUCAACAACUUGUUUUUACAGUAAAAACGUUCUCAUUACAACUUGACAAGUGUAAUACAACAUCAGUUCAUCCAUCAUUUCCCUGCCAUCCAACAGACGAGAAGGAUGGAGGGGUGCGUUUCAUCACAGAAGCAUCUAAAAGAAUGAAUGAUUUUCUCAAAGAAACUAAAUCUCACAAGGCAAGAAAACAAGAUUAUGAAACUAAAGAGAAAGCUUGGGUUGUUCCAUUGGUUCAAAUGUUUCCUUAUGGUAUACAGCAAGAUGAGAUAGUYACCACAAAACUUCUUGCAAGUUUACCAGAGAAGAGCAAGCUUCUUCUUGCUUCGGGAUAUUUUAACUUAACUACUGAGUACAAUAACUUGAUAUUAAAUUCCAAGGCACAAUAUGACAUACUUACAGCWCAUCCUUCUGUCAAUGGAUUCUACAAAGCUCCAGGAGUUGCAGGUGGAAUUCCUCAUGCGUACACCCACAUUGAAAAAGCAUUUUUCAAUCUUGUGAAAGAACAUCRUCAAAGUMACCGCAUUACAAUUCAUGAGUACAAACGUGACMACUGGACUUUUCAUGUGAAAGGGCUAUGGUAUUAUCCUCCUCACUCACCCYUCCCUUGUUUAACACUUAUUGGGUCCCCUAAUUUUGGAUAUCGAUCUGUAUUCAGAGACUUAGAAGCUCAAGUAGCUAUUGUCACAGAAGACAAAGGUCUUCAACAKCAAUUACAUAAUGAACAGAAACAGUUCUAUGYAUGUGCAGAGGAAGUUUCUGAACAGACAUUUGCAAGACCAGACCGCACGGUACCCCUGUGGGURAAAAUUGUAACACCAAUAAUCCACAAAUAUUUUUAGCAUUUCUCAAUUUUCAUCUUCAAAAAGUUAUCAAAAGCUAAUAUUGACAGUUUUUGCUGCUUUUUGUCUUUGCAAUAAGUAAUUAUCAUCAGCUKUUUUAAUUGUUAUUUAUCUUAUUUAAAAUUCAAAAUUUCAAAAUAAACCACUGUAAGAAACAAUGCAAAUGU